AUGUCUGCAUGUAACACAUCCGUGCUUCUUUACGAUAAAAAAUGUCUUGCUAGAAGGGAUCCGGAGGAACAAAGCUUAAAGCAGAUUCAACUCGGGCUUCUCAUGUCCCACCAUGGUCAAAUAGAACCACUUCCAUUCGAGACUGUCUUUUCCCCUAGUCGAAAAGAGCACAUUCAGAAGAUCGGCCUAGGAUUACAUAGUGAAGUAUUUGGAUUCACUAAUGAGAACGUAGCUGUCAAAUUAGUACCUUUUGGAGGAGAUAAAUCAUUUCACAGUCGACCACAAAUGACAAUUUCUGAAGUGUGCGCAGAAGUAGAGAUAACAAAAGCGAUUUCCAAUCUCCAAAUAAAAGAUGGAAGUGAGAGCAGUUCUCCAAAUCUUGCUGAUAUACAUCGAGUCACGGUUUUACAGGGCCAAAUACCCCAGUACCUCAUUGACGCAAAAUGCAAUUGCAAAAUUCCUAUCAGUCUUCAGUUUACUGAACAAAAUGAAUUUACAGCAGAACAGUUAUGGGUUGCUCUUGAGUUCACUUAUCGUGGAAAGGCACUAACGGACAACUGGCCAUCUUGUGGAAAGGCUCGACUUUCUGUUCUUGCUCAAGUAGCCCUCGCUUUAGCCGUGGGGGAGAGAAGAAUUCAAAUGGAGCAUCGAGAUCUUCACCUUGGCAACGUACUAAUCAACCGAAAUAUUUUUUCCAAUGUGAAAGAAUGUGAACUCCUUCCUCCUCAGACUUUCGUUGAUGGAGUAGCCUUCCACCCCUUAGCCGGUCCCUCUACUUGUAUUGUUGAUUUCGCAUGUAGCCGUCUUCAUAAUCGAAACUUCACGCAUUUUGUCGAUAUGACGGACAAGUGCAAACGAAUUCGGAUCAAAGACGGACCAAUUGGAAUAAUGUAUGGUAUUAUGCAGGAUAUUACAAAGUGA